AAAGUUCGAGACUCGGACUUCCAACUCCCCCAUUCCUCACGACAACGGAUCGAGAUGGUGAGGCAGUUGAUCUGGCAGAGGGCCACGGCCUCGCGCAGGCUGGCACCAUGCCUUACGCCGCGACCCGGUCUGCACAGGCGCACCCUCGCAACGGAGGCGGCUUCGUCGCGCUCUCCGCCUUAUCCUAAGAUUGUACGAAACCUCGAGGAGGUGCGACGGGUGCUGGGCUCUCAGCGGGCCCUGACACUCGCGGAGAAGAUUCUCUACGCCCAUCUGGCCAACCCGGAGGAGUCACUGCUCUCCGAUACGAACAAUGGUCGUGACAUCCGAGGGCGCGCCAACCUCAAGCUGAAGCCGGACCGUGUUGCCAUGCAGGAUGCCUCUGCCCAGAUGGCGCUGCUCCAGUUUAUGUCCUGCGGUCUGCCUUCGACUGCUGUUCCUGCUAGUAUCCACUGUGAUCAUAUGAUUGUGGGUGAGCGCGGUGCCGAUACGGAUCUGCCAGCCUCCAUCCAGGGAAACAAGGAGGUCUUUGACUUCCUCGAGUCUGCUGCUAAGCGCUAUGGAAUCGAGUUCUGGCCUCCUGGUGCUGGUAUCAUCCACCAGACUGUGCUGGAGAACUACUCUGCCCCUGGUCUGAUGAUGCUGGGUACCGACAGCCACACGCCCAACGCAGGUGGUCUGGGAGCUAUUGCCAUUGGUGUCGGAGGUGCUGAUGCCGUCGAUGCCCUUGUCGAUGCGCCCUGGGAACUCAAGGCCCCUAAGAUUCUCGGUGUUCGUUUGGAGGGCAAGCUCAGCGGCUGGACGUCCCCGAAGGAUAUCAUCCUUCACCUAGCCGGCAAGCUGACUGUCCGUGGCGGUACGGGCUUCGUGAUCGAAUACCACGGCCCUGGUGUUGAGACGCUCAGCUGCACCGGUAUGGCUACCAUCUGCAACAUGGGCGCGGAAGUGGGUGCCACCACCUCUCUCUUCCCCUUCUCGCCGAACCAUGUGCCCUAUCUCGAGGCCACGCACCGCGGCCACGUCGCUAAGGCAGCUUCUGAGAUCGCAGCUUCGGGCCCGCAUAGUCUGCUCCGCGCUGAUCCCCAGGCGGAGUAUGACCAGCUCAUCACGAUCAAUCUCUCUGAACUGGAGCCUCACAUCAACGGUCCCUUCACCCCUGACCUGUCCGUUCCCCUGUCGGCUUUUGCGGACACCGUCCGGGAGAAGAAGUGGCCCGAGUCCCUCGGAGCCGGCUUGAUCGGUAGCUGCACCAACAGCUCGUAUGAGGACAUGACCCGCGCAGAGCAUCUCGUCAAACAGGCAUCCGCUGCGGGCCUCAAGCCCAAAGCCGAUUUCUUCAUUACCCCUGGAAGCGAGCAGAUCCGUGCUACCUUGGAGCGUGACCAGACUCUGAACACCUUCUCUGAAGCGGGUGGUGUAGUGCUAGCCAACGCGUGUGGUCCUUGUAUCGGGCAGUGGAAGCGCACUGACGGCGUUGGUAAGGGUGAGGACAAUGCUAUCCUGACCUCAUACAACCGCAACUUCCCUGGUCGUAACGAUGGAAACCGACGUACCAUGAACUUCCUGGCGUCCCCCGAGGUUGUGACUGCUAUGGCCUAUGCCGGCAGCACGACCUUCAACCCGAUGAAGGAUGCUAUCACCACUCCAAGUGGCGAGGAGUUCCGUUUCGCCCCGCCUCAAGGAUCUGACCUGCCAAGCGCGGGCUUUGAGUCUGGCAACCCGGCCUUCCAGCCCACGGCAGCAGUCCCAGACCCUUCCGUGGAAGUCGUUAUCUCUCCCACAUCGGAACGUCUCGCCAAGUUGGAUCCCUUCGCUCCCUUCCCUGCCGGAGAUCUGUCGGCCCUUCGAGUGCUUUACAAGGUCAAGGGUCAGUGCACGACUGAUACCAUCUCGGCCGCUGGUCCCUGGCUCAAGUACAAGGGUCACCUGCCUAACAUCGCUGCCAACACCCUGAUCGGUGCCGUCAACGCUGCUACGGGCGAGACUAACGUGGCCUACGAUGAGGCUGGCGCGAAGUACUCGAUUCCGGAUCUGGCUGCCAAGUGGAAGGACUCUGGCAUCGAGUGGCUCGUCGUUGCUGAGGAUAACUACGGUGAGGGCAGUGCCCGUGAGCACGCUGCUCUGCAGCCUCGUUACCUGGGUGGCCGUAUCAUUGUGGCCAAGAGCUUCGCUCGAAUCCACGAGACCAACUUGAAGAAGCAGGGUGUCGUGCCAUUGACUUUUGCGGACAAGGCUGACUACGACCGCAUCGAUGCCAACGACAUUGUUGACACCGUGGGCUUGUACGAUGUGCUCAAGGCCGGUGGACAGGGCGAGAUCCAGCUGCGCGUGCAGAAGCGCGAGACUGGCGAAACCCUGACGAUUCCAGUCAAGCACACUCUGAGCAAGGACCAGUGUGGCUUCAUCCUCGCUGGUAGCGCGCUCAACCUGCUGGCCAAGCAGGCGCAGUAAAUUUCGGACAUGUAUUGAUGUAUGUUUUCACUGCUGGAGGGCAGAAAAAUAA